CUAAAGCUGUUCUCUCAUCCAAUCAACCUCUCAAAGUGCAAUUUUUUUCUUCUUCUCUUUUCCACUCCAAAAAUGGGAAUCCGAUUGAUGGGGAUAGUGAAUGCGAAGCAAAAGCUGCAGAGAACUCUUUCAGCAAGAAUCAGGAUGGUCUCAGCCACAAGCAUUGAUGUCCCAAAAGGCCACUUUGCAGUUUAUGUUGGAGAAUUCAAGAAGAGGUUUGUGAUUCCAAUUGCUUACUUGAACUGCCCUUUAUUCCAAGACUUGCUAAACCUGGCUGAGGAAGAAUUUGGAUAUGAACAUCCCAUGGGCGGUCUCACUAUUCCAUGCAGUGAAGAAUACUUCAUCAGUUUAACUUCAGCUCUAAAUUGCUCAUAAGUAUGUGGCCCGACACAAAUUAUCAAAGAGAGAGUGAGACAGCCAAGCCGGUCUCCUAAAUUUUGUAUUGUGGGUUCUUACUUCUUACCAUUACCAUUUGUACG